ACCCUUAGAUAUUAGAAAACAAAAAAGUAACAUAUUCUCUCAUGGUUUAAAUAGAAGUCAAAGAAUUUCAAAAGAAAAAAAGGAAAAAAAAAAGGUAAAAAAAAAAAAAAAUCAAAAAUAAACUUUCAGAGAAGCUUUGCAGGUUGUUCGUCACCCCGGCUACCAUCAUCGUCACCGACGAUUCAGUUGUGAUUCGGAGGUUAUAUCGUCAUCGAUUGAAGUUAAAGAUUGGAGUACGUCAUGAAAGUGUAGAUAUCUUGUCAUGUUGUAAGUAUGCAGUCACCGGAAAAGGUUCCUUUACAAUGCCUUAAACAGCAUAGUCCUUGUACCGAUGUUAGUCACAGCGAAGAACCACCGACAAUAUCAUCCACAUCUGACAAUGGUGUUGCUUCACAGCCUGCAGCAAAACGACCAACCCGACAGUGGGCUGCGUGGACACGGGAGGAGGAGGAAAGUUUCUUCACUGCAUUGCGGCAAGUUGGCAAGAAUUUUGAAAAGAUCACAUGUCGGGUGCAAAGUAAAAACAAGGACCAGGUCAGACAUUAUUACUACCGACUUGUGAGGCGCAUGAACAAGUUAUUGGGUCCUGACUUGUGUUUGGAUGCCAAAAAUUCCAAAGACACUAAUGCUGCAAUGUUGCGCUGGUGGUCUUUGUUGGAAAAGUACAGUUGCAAGGCCUCAAAACUUCAUCUGAAGCCACGUAGGUUUAAAACUAUCGUAGAGACACUGGAAAACCAACUUAUGAAAGAUAGAAAGAAGAAUGUAAAGAAACAAGCACUUCAAGGGGAAAAUCACUCCUCUCCUUUGCCUACUGCUACAAAUCAGAACAAGUUGUCUGCCAAUGAUGCACGAGCUGUAAAAAUUGUUCUAGUUGACAGCCAGAAUGGUCAGAAAGUGAGCCCAGGAAAAGGGUCUUCAACACGACGUUGUUCUAGUAUUGGCGUUAUUCGCAGUAGCAAUAAAGGAGAGCCCUCUCAUAAAAAGCCAUCAAGGCAACGACGAAAAUCUGGUGCUGUUACUGCAGCUGCAAUCAAAAGAUGGGAGAAGGCUGCCAUGGCUGGUGUCUCCUUGGUUGCUGAUGCUGCUGAGCACCUGGAGCGCACUUCUGGUGAAAAUCGCACUUCCCAUCAAGGUCAGUUGAACUGUACAGAGCAGACUGAUUUAGGCCCUUCAGUGCAAGAACAAGUAAAUUUAUCAAAUGUUUCCAAAAGCAUGGCCAUUGAGGACAAUGUAAAAGCUACCAUGAAACUUAAACUACAGUUGAACUGCACAGAGCAAACUGAUUUAGGCCCUUCAGUGCAAGAACAAGUAAACUUAUCAAAUAUUUCCAAAAGCAUGGCCAUUGAGGACAAUGUACAAGCUACCAUGAAACUUAAACUACAGCUGUUCCCAAUUGAUCAAAUUACCAGAAAGGCACUAGAAAUGGACAAGCGUAAUCCUUUCUUGGAACUGACUUUAAGUACACGAAAGAAGAUAUCAUCCAUUCUGGAACAUCUUGAUCGUAAGUGGGGCAAUUCUAGUGUCGCAUCUGGGGAGCUCAUGCUUUUCCCAGCCAACAUUCAAAGAGAAAAUUUGGUGCGAUAUCAGAGAUGGACUCGAGAUUCUGUUGUAACUGCUGCUGAAGUUUAUGCCGUGAUUGGUAGCCCUGCAGUUUUCCGAUUGAGAUAUGGCUGGAUUUCUAGCACUGAGCUUCAAUCAGGCACCUCACAAACAACUUCUGUACCUGCAAUCAAUUUUGAUGUGCAAGAAAGUAGAAGACAGGAAGCACUUCGGGAACAAUCACUUCCACAAAUAGAGAAGAAGAGCAAUCUGGAAAUACUUGCUGAUCACUUUCUUGGUGAUCAGCAAAUCCUAGAAACAAAAAAAAGAGCUCUUAAAGAGUCAGCAGUCGCUACUUCUGGUGAAGCAAAUAAGAAUGCUGAUGUUGAACUUUCCAAUGAUAUCUUUGAGAUGCACAACUUAGGAUCGAGUGUAUUGUCAAAGAAAAAUGAACCUUGUGAUGAAUCUAAUUUUACAAAAUUUGAAACAUUUGUUGACCAGAGAGCAAGAAAGAGUAUGAGUUUGUCAACCAGAGAGUGGGCUGAUAGCCUUACAAAUGCUAGUGUCGGGGACUUGUUAACUGAAGAUGUAGAUGUUAUGGAUGCCAAUGGAGUUGAGAGUCCUGCUUUUAGAAGUUCUCAGUGUGUUGAGGCAAUUCCGUUCACUUGUGACUCAUUUGAUGCAGCAAUUGCUGCCCAUAUAUAUAGACAAAGCAAGAUUGGCUUCUCUGGAUCCUCUACACAUUCAUCAUCAAUUUGGGAUGCUGAAGAAACGCGUGAUGCAUUUUCAUUUCAGAACAGAGCUGUCCCUAACAACCAGGUUUUAGCGGCAACUUCAAUUGCUGGCUCUGAAACUUAUCAAACUAGUCCAGCCGGGACCGGCAAUAAAGUUCAGGAUGAAGCCAUGGUUAAGGGAAAUGUCUCGGAAGACCCAAUGGAUGAGUGUCCAUCUGAAACUCAUGAGACUGGGAAUUCUGCUAAAGAUUUUAGUAGUCUGACAGAUAUUUAUUGGCCUGACUCAUUAGGACCUUUAGAGCUGGAUAUACCUUCAUGUAAAUACUAUAGUGAAGAUCUAAUCUUAAGUGAUAGCCUGAGUGGCCUGAAUCGUCUUCUAGCUAGCAGCCUGGAUGCAUUCCAAAACUGCCCAUUCUUUGGCUUGGAUGAUAAACGACCUCCAUCGCCAACUACCGGUACUCAAGGAGGUGCUUCCUUCGCUGGUAAAAUUGAUAAAAAUGAUAAAGCUGGAGUGCAAUCUCUUCAAGUAUAGCAUUUGGUGGGUAGGAUUUAUGAUCUCAGUAGCUUUUCUUUCAAUUUGCAAGGGAUGAUCUUGGUAGCUUAUCUAAGGCUUCAUCAAUUCUGUCAUGCUCAGAUCAAUUUUAAUCUUUCGUUUUUUUGGGGGGUUAUUUGGGGCAAGGGCCGAGGGUUGCCUGUGGUACAUAUUUUCCUUCGCUCUGUACAAAAGUGGCAUGUGAAGGACUAUACAGAACUGUGUUCAAUUUUGAUGGUGUUGCACCACUGUACAUGUAUUUCAAAUUGACUUUUAUGGAAAUAUUUCAGGAACAUGUAAUAAUAAUGUUUUCCUUCAAAUCAAUAUACGUAGUAUAUUUUUUUU